AAUAUAAUGAGUUUCAUUAGACUUUGUUCUUGGAGUUGACUAGAUUUAAUUCCAGUUUAUCCAGUUCCUUGUUGAGAACUGUAUCAACAUGAAACGUUAUAGUGUCAACAGUUUUCCUGUCAGACUGUUUAAACAGAGGUCUAGAGUCUUGGUUGAAAAUAAAAGGUUUACAAGCUCAAAUCCUCUUCCCUAUCAGGGAUAUGGGUAUCAAGAAACAAAAAAUAUCAGAAAGGCAAACCUGUCUCCUGCCAUGACAACCUACUAUACUGAACCUCUUCUCAUACAUCAGGGAAAGAUGCAAUGGUUGUGGGAUCAUGAUGGAAAGAAGUAUCUAGAUAUGUUUGCUGGGAUUGUUACAGUUUCUGUAGGGCAUUGUCAUCCUGAUGUUACUGCUGCACUCCAUUCCCAGAUAGAUAGGUUAUGGCACACCACUAAUAUCUACAUGCAUCCGACUAUACAUGAAUAUGCACAGAAACUUGUAUCUACGUUGCCAGAGCCUCUCAAGGUUGCGUACUUUGUUAACAGUGGAAGCGAGGCAAAUGAUUUAGCGAUGUUUAUGGCCCGACUUCAUACUGGAAAUAAUGAUAUUCUUGCAUUCAGAAAUGCUUAUCAUGGGAUGUCUCCAUACACUAUGGGACUGACGGCACACAGUACAUGGAAGUAUUCAGUGCCUGCAGGUAUGGGAGUACACCAUGUGAUGAACCCUGACCCAUAUCUGGGUCUUUGGGGAACCGUCGGAUGUCGAGAUUGUCCAGUUUUGCCAAAGGGAGGUUCACUCAAUUUUGAUGUUAAGAAAAAUCUGCCGUCUAUUUAUGCAAUAAAUAUGCAAUAUUUCUGCUACAAUACAUUACGUCUUAGCACCUCACAUUCUAAUUUUUUAAUCUCUAUAUCGUUGAAACCUGAAGCAAAGGUCCUUAGAUAUUGCCAUGAUUUCGUAUACUACAAGAAUACAAAUCAUGAUUUCGUAUACUACAAGAAUACAAAUCAUGAUUUCGUAUACUACAAGAAUACAAAUCAUGAUUUCGUAUACUACAAGAAUACAAAUCAUGAUUUCGUAUACUACAAGAAUACAAAUCAUGAUUUCGUAUACUACAAGAAUACAAAUCAUGAUUUCGUAUACUACAAGAAUACAAAUCAUGAUUUCGUAUACUACAAGAAUACAAAUCAUGAUUUCGUAUACUACAAGAAUACAAAUCAUGAUUUCGUAUACUACAAGAAUGCAAAUCAUGAUUUCGUAUACUACAAGAAUACAAAUCAUGAUUUCGUAUACUACAAGAAUACAAUUUUUUUCUUCCCAAUUAAUAAUGUUUUGAGUAUCAGAUAUUCUCUGCCUAAAGGAAGAAGUGUAGCGGCUUUUUUUGCGGAAUCAAUACAGGGAGUAGGGGGGACUGUGCAAUAUCCAAAGGGUUACUUGAAACGCGCCUUCUCUCGUGUGCGCGAGCUGGGUGGACUGUGUGUUUCUGACGAGGUGCAAACAGGGUUCGGGAGAACUGGAGAACAUUUUUGGGGUUUCCAGGGCCAUGGAGUAGUUCCUGAUAUCGUGACAAUGGCGAAAGGAAUAGGAAACGGGUUUCCAAUAGGAGCUGUAAUCACAACUCCAGAGAUAGCUGCCACUAUGAGCCAGGCUCUCCACUUUAACACAUUCGGCGGUAGUCCUAUGGCAGGAGCAGUGGGGUUGGCGGUCCUUAAAGCUAUGGAGAAAGAUAAAACUAUGGAGAACUCUAGAAUAGUAGGAACCUACCUACUUGAGAAGCUAAUAAAAUUGGUGGACAGAUAUGCUAUUGUUGGAGAUGUCAGAGGAAAAGGGUUGAUGAUAGGGGUGGAGAUGGUUGAAGAUAAGGAGUCUAAGAAACCCCUUAACGGAACCGCUAUGAUGGAUAUCUGGGACGGAACCAAAAACUCUGGAGUUCUAAUAGGAAAAGGUGGCCAUUUCGGAAACGUAUUUCGCUUGAAGCCUCCAAUGUGUAUUACAAAAGAGGAUGCUGAUUUUACUGCUCAAGUUUUAGAAGAACACAUUCAUAGAGUUCAGCAGUCAUUUCUUAGAGGAUAAAAAAAUCAAUUCAUAUGAAGUCGAAAAUAUUUAAUGAAAAAAAUUAAGAAAAUAUGAAGCAUGA